AUGUCAGACCCUCUUGAGCUGGAGCCCGAUCACCCGAAGAGGAACUCCAGAAUGAUCGAGAAGUUUGAUGACGAGAUCAAGGUCGCGGGGGUGGUAGACCAGCAACCAGUUGUCUCAAGAAGCGAGUCGGUCCAAAGCGAUUCGUACGGAUCAUCUGCCGGCGCCAAAACCUUCGACAAGAAGCUCCUCUAUAAACUCGAUAUGCGUCUAAUGAUUGCCAUGUUCUUUCUGAACUUCUUGUCGUUAAUGGGCCGCACGAAUAUCGGAGCCGCACUGAUCCGGCAACUUCCACAGGAUCUUCAUCUCGAUGCGAUGAAGGUGUUCAUCGUUCUCACAAUGCCAGCGGCGCCGUUGGUUCUUUUUGAAGUGCCAAGUAAUCUGCUUAUGCGGUUCUUGAACCGCAAAUUCAACUUCCCAUACUUGUGGUACAUGUGUGUUCUUGACAUAUUACUGGGUAUAAUCACAAUAGGCCAAGGCUUCGUCAAGACAUUCGAUCAGAUGAUAGCCACGAGAUUUUUCGUUGGUGUCUUUGAUGCAGGUCUCAUUCCUGGCUGUGUUUUCCUAUGUUCUCUUUACUACCCUCCAAGGCAUCUUCAAUGGAGGCUUGGACUGAUCACCGUCGCCAAUAUCUGUUCAAAUAUCGCCGGUAACUUCCUUGCAUACGCGAUUGCCAAUAUCCAAACCACUGAGAAUUUCAAAGGGAUCUUCAUCAUUGAAGGCAUCUUCACUGUGGUAGCUUCUCUGGCCUGCCUUCCUGCUAAUGUUGGACCUCCGGAGAAGGCCAAGUUCUUGACGGAAGAAGAGAAGAGACUUAUCAAGAACUUGGUCGAGAUACGCAGCACAGAGAUUGGUGUUGUAGCCGAGUGGAAAAUGUUUUUCACAAAUCCACUGAAUUACUGCUGGGCUGCCCUCUAUUGCUUCACGACCACAACCGCUUACUCGGUCUCCAUCUUUUCCCCGUCCUUCGUCAAAUCCUUUCACCCGGAACUCAGCGCUGCAGAUGUGCAGGCGCAAAUUGUUCCCAUCUUCGUGGUGGCUGCUGUGGCAUGUCUUACAACUGCUUACGCCGCUGACCGACUCAACCACCGCGCAGCCUUCGGCCUCGGCGGCUUUAUUUUCACCAUCAUUGGCUACGCGAUCUUGAGACAAGACGAGCACGAAAGCACAAAUGUAACCAUGAUGGCGCUGUACUUCAUCGCCUUCGGCACUUUCAUCACUCUUCCCAUGAUCUGGAUAUUGACUAUGCAAAACUUGCAGACGCCUUUCCAGAGAGCCAUUGGGAGCGGCUUUGUUGUUGGAGUUGGGAACACAUCAGGCUACAUCUCAGCCUGGAUCUUUAAGACAAGCGACGGCCCGUAUUACAAGAACGGAAUGAUAAUCAGCAUGAUCCUAGUUGUUAUUGCAUUUGCCAUUCUUUCGGCAACUUGGCUCUACAUCGAGAUGCAUAAUAGAAGGCUUGAAAGGGAGGAGAGAUUGCAUCCGUCUGCGACAGCUGGAACCAAGAGACUUACUGGGCGAAGCUUUCGGUACAAGGCAUAG